AUGAGUGAGACCAGUGAUAGCGAUACAACGCCGUUACUACCACCACCAUCACAUUCAACUAGCAUUCCUGAGAGCCCCAUAGUGCUAGAACCCAAAAAGUCAAAUGACUCCAAAUCAUCGAAACUGAAUCAGCCCCAUCAGCCACUGCUGUCUUUGAUGUCCCAGCAGCUGCAGCAGCAGCAGAAGCAGCAGCAGCAGAAAUUUCUGCCUGCACAGACAAUGAAACUGAAUUCAAAAAUUGCACAAUCCAACAAGAUUGGACUUCAAAGAACCAGCAGGACUACACUGAAAAUGAAGUUGCUUCCAGAAGAUCCCGACCUCACGAGCAUCAACAACAAACGAGUCAGCGCGGGCGCUAAUGGCAUAGAUGGUGGUGCUGGUAAAAAUAACGAUGGUAGUAACGAUGAUGACGAUGACGAUGACGAUGAUGACGAUGAUGACGAAGAUGAAGCUUAUGGAACACGUCCUACUAGAGUAUAUUCACAGGCUAAGAUGAUUACUGAUACUUCGGCAAGGAAAGAUGCAGAAACAUUAGGAAAGGUGCAUCGAGAUUUGUUACCAAGGGUUACAGCUUAUUGUACGUGUGCUUCGUAUAGAAUGAAGGAGUUAUUGAGAUGGUUGAAAGAUCGAAAACGGAUCCACAAUACUAGUCCGAAGUUGUUUGAUGAGUGUUUGUACACUCCUUUUACUUACAAGGACUGGAGAGGUGAUUCGUCACACAAUGAUGAUGAGAAUGGUCAUAAGUUGAUUAGGUUGGCUGAUGAAGGUGGCGAGAUUGACAUUGGUAAGAAAUCCGACUUGUUUAUUUUCGAGUACGGUGUAGUUAUUAUGUGGGGCUAUACGCAAAAGGAGGAAGCGGCAUUUUUGGACGACUUGGCGAGGUUUGAGCUGGAAAAGUUGUCGGCUGAGGAUAUUCAAAUUGAGGAAUUCAAUUAUUACAUUACAAAGUCGUAUCAGCCUAGAAUCUACAAUGACUUUAUAACGCUUAGAGAUGAUGAUAAUUACAUGUUGAAACUUUCGAUAUCGCAUGCGCUUGCCCAGUCUGUUAAAAUCUCUUUGUUUGAAGAGUUGGUGGAUAAUACUAUUGAAGAUACACAAGAUAUUCCGCUGCAAAUUGCAAGAACAGGUAAAGUCGAAAUGAACCGGGAUGAGAUCAUGAAGUCUAUUGGUGAGUUGUUUAUUUUGAGAAUCAAUAUCAAUUUGCAUGGUUCCGUAUUGGAUUCUCCUGAACUAAUGUGGGCGGAACCCCAAUUAGAGCCCAUUUACCAGGCCACAAGAGGGUACCUUGAGAUUAAUCAGCGUGUUGAGCUUUUGAAUCAGAGAUUGGAAGUUAUUUCAGAUUUGUUACAGAUGUUGAAAGAACAACUUGGACAUUCACACGAGGAAAGCUUAGAGUUUAUUGUUGUUUUGCUUGUUGGCGUUGAAGUUCUUGUGAGUAUUGUCAACAUCAUCAUUGAUUUAUUCAAGUUUCAAUAA